CGCCAUCUUCCUCCUCCUCCUCCUCCUCUUCUUCCUCGUCGUCGUCGUUGUUGUCCGAGGCUCUGUUCUCCGCUGCCCUUGUGGCUCAGGGUGGCGCGGUGAUUGUCCACGGCGACCGUCGCAACUGCGUUCAAGCCAUGGCGGAGCUCGCCGGCUUCAAUGUGAACCACGGUUUCAUCGAGGCGGUCGUGCGAGGUCUGCGCACGGGCUUCCUCGAGCCCGAGGACUACAGGCGCCUGGCCACAUCAGACUCCCUUGAAGACUUGCGGAGCGCCCUGGAGGAGACCGAUUAUGGGAACUUCCUCCAGGACGAACCAUCGCCCCUUCUCGUGUCGACGAUCUCCAAGAAGUGCUACGAGAAGCUCGCGGAUGAGUUCAGGUAUGUCAGGGCUCAGACCGUCGAGCCGCUGACGACGUUCUUGGACUUCAUCGCGAGGGAGAAGAUGAUCGACAACAUCGUCGUGCUCAUUCAGGGCGCCCUGAACAACAAGGCCCCGAAGGACCUCGAGGACAAGAUCCACCCGAUCGGCGCAUUCGACAAGGCUGCCAUGAACAUGAUCAUGUCGGACUCCUUCGACCCGCAGGGUGGCUUCGACGACAUCUACCGGAUAUUCCUGCAGGACACUCCGAUCGGACCGUACUUUGAGGAGUUCCUGGCAGAAAAGAACCCGGACAAGGAGGACCCGCAGAAGGGCCUCGACAAGCGCGGCAUCCUCAGCAAGCAGGAUUUGGAGAUCAUGAAGGGGCUGCUGAAGAAGGCGUGGCUUGAGGACUUCCACAAGUUUGUCCUGAGCUUGGGCGGCACCACUGCCGAGGUGAUGGGCGACAUCCUCAAGACGGAGGCAGAUUUCCGCGUGCUUCUCGUAACGCUCAACGCGCUGAACACGCACCUCAGCACCGGCUCGGAGGGCGCGCUCAAGGACCGAAACGAUUUGUGGCCUUCGUUCGGCUACCUGUACCCCGAGGGCCAGAAGGCAUUGGGAGUGGCGUUCAACGAGAGUACAGUCCGGGAUUCCUUGAGCCACCCCGCCAAGUAUUUGCAGCUUUUCGACCAAGUGAAGUCGUACUACGGUGCUGAGGCGGAGCAGGCUGCGAAGGGGCACCAGUCGAUGGAGGACUUGAUCUACGCCGAGAACGUGAAAAUGUACGAGAUGGCUUUCGAACAGCAGUACCAUUUUGGCAUAUUUUACGCCUGGGUGAAGCUCCGGGAGCAGGAGAUCCGCAACAUCCGUUGGAUCGCGAACAUGAUCAUCUUGCAAACGAAGGAUCACAUCGAUGACACGAUCGUGCCCAUCUUCCAGCCCCGGCUCUAAGGGACACGCCCGCUGCUACCACAGUGCUUGCGCAGCGCAGUCUUCUUAGAGUACGGUAGCCAUGGGGAGCGCAUGCGGUGAAGGUUGAUGGGUGUUGUAGGGCGACGGAAUAUGUGAGUAUCCACGACUUCGCUGCCCUAUGUUGGAGGCUACUCCGUGUUGGGGUGAAGCCAGCAGCGCCGUACCGCCGAGGCUCGGGGUGGUGACGGCCCUCGUCUCAUCGAGCGACGUCCAGGCCAGCGGCCUCAGGCCGCGGGCCUUUUUGCAAGCAGCUCGGAGCCCCUCGCGUGGCGAGGCAGUGAUGUCGCGAUGGAUUCAGGCGCUCCUCUGAGUAUCGAUUAGCCGUGAAAUUUGAGCCUUCCGGUCCUUGCUCUCUCUCUCUCUCUCUCGUUCUCUCUCCUUCCAUCCUCUCCCACUUCUCAGCGAACUCAAGCC